AUGUCGACAUCCCUCCAACUCCUCGCCCCACGGCCUUGGGCCUCCCGCAAGAACCCCAGCACCUACACGCGCGAGACGGCUAAAUACAUCCAACGCAUUUCGCUCGAACUCAUGGCGCUCGCUUCCUCGCAGCAGUGGACACAUCCUUUGUUCCAGAAGUACAUCUCCCCGUCAUACCACGCGGAAUUCGACCACGCGGGCGGCGUCCCGCUCCACACGUGGCAAGCGUACAUCGAUCACCACGACCGGCUGGCGGAGAAGUAUCCGGAGUAUCGCUUCGAGGCGCUGGAUAGUGUUAGUGAUGUGUAUGAGAAGAAUGGGACCGGGAGUGUGUAUUUGCUCCUGAGGGUGACGGGGCAGCCGAGUAGUGUU